CGCGGGCGGGCGCAGCCCCUGGGCCGGGCGCGGGCGGAGCUGCCCCAGUGCCUGGCCGUCGCAUCACUUCCGGGAACGCCUGGGGACCGCAACGCUGCCAGCCGGCCGGCCCGGGACCGUGAGUGGCUGAGAGCGCGGGCCAGGCCGAAGCCCCAGUGUCUGCGCGGCGUGGGCCUCUGUCGGCGGCCAUGGGGGCGUCCGCGCGGCUCCUGCGCGCGGUGAUCAUGGGGGCCCCGGGCUCGGGCAAGGGCACCGUGUCUUCGCGCAUCACUAAACACUUCCAGCUGAAGCACCUCUCCAGUGGGGACCUGCUCCGAGACAACAUGCUGCGGGGCACAGAAAUUGGGGUGUUAGCCAAGGCUUUCAUUGACCAAGGGAAACUCAUCCCAGAUGAUGUCAUGACUCGGCUGGCUCUUCAUGAACUGAAAAAUCUCACCCAGUAUAGCUGGCUGUUGGAUGGUUUUCCAAGGACACUUACACAGGCAGAAGCCCUAGAUAGAGCUUAUCAGAUAGACACGGUGAUUAAUCUGGACGUGCCCUUUGAUGUCAUCAAACAGCGCCUCACUGCUCGCUGGAUUCAUCCAGCUAGCGGCCGAGUCUACAACAUUGAAUUCAACCCUCCCAAAACCGUGGGUAUUGAUGAUGUGACGGGGGAGCCUCUCAUUCAGCGUGAGGAUGAUCGACCAGAGACGGUCAUCAAGAGAUUGAAGGCCUAUGAAGCCCAAACGAAGCCAGUCCUGGAGUAUUACCAGAAAAAAGGAGUGUUGGAAACAUUCUCCGGAACAGAAACUGACAAGAUCUGGCCCCACGUAUAUGCUUUCCUACAAACUAAAGUUCCACAAACAAACCAGAAAGCCUCAGUUACUCCAUGAGGAAAAAUGCAUGUAACUAGUAAGAUGGGCAAAAUCUCUUUGUCUUUGCAUUUAGAAGUUCCUUUUCUUACAACUCCAGCUUGUCUGAAUUCUUUGAAAAUUGUAUCAUUUUGAUUUCUACUCAUUUUAUUCUAGAUACUAAUAAUGUGCCAAAUGAAGUAGAUACUAAGAUACAUUUUUUAAAAUCAUCUAGUGUUUUCUAUCCAAUUACCUUCUAUGAGUGUGCAAUUCAAAAAUAUCAGAGAUGUCGAUACUUUUAUAACAAUCUGUUAGAACAAAAUUAAAAGAGCAACUGGUAGUAAUAUAACCUUUCGUUUAGUAAGAAUAAAUGGUUGAUAAAAUUUCCAUACUUUUCUGGAAAAGUUUAAAAAAUUGUCAUUUGGGGAAAAGUGUUCUUCAAAGGUUUUUGCAUAGACUGGUGCAAAAAUAGACAUUUCGAGCAUGGUGGAACAUGGUUUCAUGAGAUAUCAUACCUAAAAAAUUCUAGAAGAAAAAGCACCUGGCUUUACAGAUCUGUCCCAAGAUACAAAUUCACAGCUGCCUUUACACUAAGAAAUGUAUAAGCUAGCCAUGCUGUAUUUUGUUGUUAAACAUACCUUUGGUUAGCUCAGAAUUUCAAUUUGCUAUAAAAAUGUAUAAAGUAGCCUACAGGGAAAUAUUUAAGAUGACUUGUUUCCUUUUAAAAAUACAUAUGUAUUGAGGGAUAUGAUUUAUGUCAGAAAUGAACAUUACAAAUCCUUGGGUAAGCAUCAAAGUUGAAUGAAUUUUCAAUAGAAAAUGUAAUGAAAGUCUUGUUUUUAGAUGUUACUUAGGUUAAGAAAUGUGUUUCAGGAUCUACCUGUCAGUUUCUCUUUUUGAUACAACAUAUGUUCGCCUUGAUAAAAACAAGUUGUAAUACCAAAAAAGCAGAAAGGAAGGAAAGGAAAGAAGGAAGAGAAAACCCAAGGCAGUAUGUAAACUAAGCUUAUUUUUCAUUAGGAAACAGAAAGAGGUCAAGCAUGCUUGGAGAAAAUAUUCCUUUGGCAUAAACAGCAAUCAUAAUUAGUAAACAAGUGUAGCAGUAGAAAAAAAUUUACAUGCUAGGUUAACAAGGACCAGGAGAGUAACGGAGUUUCCUGAAGGAAUUUUUUAUUCCCAGAGAAAUUGGUAUCUGCUAGCUUUUACUGUUACCCUGUCUAAUGGGGAAAGAACUCUGCUGCCAAGUGUUUCAUGAGCAGCCAUUUACCAGUCUGAAUCAUUUUUGAUUCCUUAGUAGGGCAACAAGGAUGCAUGCUCACGUAUUGUGACCUGGAGGAGAAGUGGGGCAGUGUGAGAGAUGGAAGAAACACCUGUCUUCCAUGGUAUAUUUACUCUUGCUUGGUGCUAAAUCAAAUGAAACAAGCCCUUGUACAUGCUGUUCUUAACUGCCUUUGAAAUUUUGGGCCAUUUUAUUCCAGGCACACACAAAUGCCAGCAAGUAAUUCUUAUGUAUCCUGGGGGGGAAAAGCUUAUUUUCCUUCUCUUUUGAUUUUCCAAAAUUCACUGUUCAUCUUUCAAAACAGACCAAGAGUUUUUAAAAAGGAUUACAGUAAACAUUUCGUUGUUCUAUAAUGCCUUAUUUGAAUGUUAAUAUGUGUUUCUAGAAUUACUGUGAAUAGUUAACUUACGAAUUAUCACUAGACUACCAGGCAUAUGUUAGUCUUUAUUAGAAUAAAAUGGAAUUUCAUAACUGAGGCUAUUACUUUCUCUUUGGUGCCUCAUCGGGCCUACUCAUCCCACCUUCCUUUCUGCUGUCUUAACGUUUCAUUGGCUUCUGAAUGAGGGACUAUGUUCUAAUAAAUUGUCUUAAAACAUUA